AUGGCUACUCUUAACCUGAGAAACGUGCCCGGGAAUGACUCAACUUCCUCACCACCUCCACCGAACGUGACCCAGACAGUUGCGGCUGAGACUACGGCUGAUGUCUUCCAGGACCAAGUCAAAGAGAGCGUCGAGGAUACUGAAGUCGCUAUGGUGCCGCCUCCUCAGAACUUCAGCACUCCACGGUCCAGCUUCUCGCAUUCAGCAAGCCCUCCUAUCGAAGUUAUCACUGUGCAGUCGGAUGAUGAUAUGGCUUCUGAUCGCCAGAGCAUUGGGGUUUCAAUAGUCGAUGAUGAUUCUGUCGUGAUCGAUCCCAUCAAUGAAUUUCCUUUCAGGGAACCCACAGAGACACUGGAGGGAAUGGUGGUGCGCCUCUGCAAUUAUAUUGAAACUCAAUCGUCGAUCGAUGCAGGAGUCAUCUACAAACUCCAACAAUGGCUUGGACGGUAUCUCGAUUACAUCGCUACUGCCAAUCAGCAAUUGGUGGUCGAUUCAUGUCGUCUUAACCAUGUUUUCUGGGUGACCUUCCCACGCAUUGUUACCACUAUGGCUGCCCACAAGCCUCCGUUUCUAGCAGAUGAUUUGUUACGGCAUCAAACCAAGGCCAUCUUUUUAGACUACGCCAGGUUGUCGGCAUGGUUCGUCAAUCAGGAUAUUCAAACGAUCAAAGAGUUCAUAGCAGAACAGGGAGGUCGGGGACAGCAGACCGUCGAACUUUUCUGCCCAUGUUAUCUUCAGAACCUCCACUCAAUCAUCAACCCGCUAUUGUUGAGCGAUGAUCAGUAUCAGCAUUUCGGGGCCUUGUCCAUGGCCUUUCUUAAAGCAUACCAGGACAGCCCAGGCGGGAGCCUCAGUCGCCUUCUCCAGCUGACAAGAGCAUUAUUCCAAGUUAUCCCUACAUAUCCCCGGUUGACCAAUGAACUGGCACCUAUAUGCUUAGUCGCGUCAGAUAUCAUGGAAGAUUCCUGUAACUUUGUUACUCCCGAAAUUGCUUUCAAAAACAACCAGAAACUUCUGGUAGGCCACACAUUGCUCGAUCUGAUACACGAAAGAUUGGACAUCAUGAUUGACAAGAGUCCGACGCAUCUCGUCGCAGACAGUGUUCUCGUGAUCGUUCAAGCUUUGUCAAAUAUGAUCAACAUAGCUCUCAAGGGUGAUCACGCAGCUGCAACUCGCAUGUUGGAACAGCACCGCACAGAGUUUCCAGCAGUGCCUCUCAGAUACACUUCUGAAGCGAUUUCUUAUGAACACCGCUUUCAGUUCUUGAUCAAACUAAUCAAGUCAAGCCAAAUGCAACUUCGAUUUCAAGGCAUGACACAAAUGUGCAAAGAGCUUAUUGCCUUCUGGAAAAAGCAUUUCGACAGCAAAGCCGAUGAUGGAAGCCAUUAUGUCGAACACAUCGCGGAAUACCUGAUCCGGACCGGAUUUAUCGACUAUCUAUUAGGCGCCAACUGCCAUCCUGAAAUUAUUGUUGAGGGUGCUAAUAUCAUUGGCUUCAUCAUUGUGACGAGAAGGUACCGAAGGACGCAUAUCGAUAGGUUUUGGGAGGGCAUUACUUCCAGGCAAGACCCCCGUACCGCUGACGCUCUGGCCCGCAUGGUCAUUCAAGUCGCGCAUCUUUUUGACGACGAUGGGUUUUUGCUUCUCUGUGAGAAGUUCCAGACUCUUCCCAUAGACGCAUUUACGCCCGCCAUCCGAAUGCUCUGGGAGGGUGUCAUGAAGAGUAUGGCAGAAAAAUGUUCGGAAGAGCGUCUUCUCGUUGUCCAACCGUACAAUUUAUGCCUGCGUCUAUUGAGGGAUUCGUCUGUUUGUGCAUCCGGAUCGCAAGUCAUGUAUCCUGACAUCCAACAAGCAGCAAUGCAGAAAUUCAUAGAGCUCCUGAGGUGCGGUCCAGAUGCUGAAGGGCAGGAACAGCUCUACCUUGGGUGUCUUCAAGAUCUUGCAAAUAAGUCUGCAACUACCUUGGGGAGCCUUUGGUGUUUAUUCAUCGCAUUACGCUCAAGGGACAUGAGCCAAGAGAUGCGCUGGCUAGUAGAACACCAUGACUUGACAAGACUCGUAAUUGAAGAGUUGGAACAUGCUAUUUGGGCUUGCCAGGCGGCAGGGAUUCCGGCGGUUCUCUCUUGCUCUGUCAACCAACCUCGGAGAGAGUUCAUUGCCAACCUCAUCCAGCUUGAGUCGCCAUCAAUCACCGAGGAUCUUGGCGUCAAACUAUGGGACAUGUUGGUAGGGCCAAUGUCCCUUUCACCAGACGAUAGGCGGGUGGGCUGGGAAAUCUUGAACAGUCCCCAUCGGAAGAACAAAAACGGUAAUUCUUUCCUUCAAGCUUGUCUGACCUACCAUCUUCCAGCCCUUUCGUCCGAAUACUUCUGUGAGGGUAUGCUUGAAUUUCUUAGAAUUGAGAUCCUCCCACGCCUCAACGACAAUUUCAACCUUGCUCUCGAUGACCCAGAAGCGGUUGCUACUAGUGGCAUUGAACAAUUGUGGCGUCUCAUUCUCGAGGCCGAAGAUGAGACUCUAGUAGACAGGGCCAUACGAACCCUCGCAGUUGAUGUCUAUAUCGACAGUCGAUUUUUCAACUCUAUUUCAACGCAGAGAGCACAAUCUGUCCAUCUGAAGCUAGCCAGUCGAUGCUUAGGGCAGCUGAAAAGCGCUGCCCAGGAGCUGAGAAAUGCAAGCCGAGGCGCGAACAGCGAUGGCCAAGUUGUGGGUACCACAAUUACGCAACGGCAGUUACAGCAGCAAGAAAGGAUUUUCACCCGUUCGUUGAAGUUUCUCCGCUAUAUUCUUGAAGCCCACCAGUCGAAGCCAUCCUUGUCCGCACCUGACCUACGAACACUGAUCCCACAAGCCUUCCACGAGGUCCAAGGAGAUCCUGCGGGCCUGAAGUAUCAGUCCUUCGAUGGCGACCAGCAGACUGACAUCAAGCCACUUGUCAUUGGGAGGGCGAACACGGCAGCCUCACUCCUCGCUAGUUUGCGGCAAGAGACCGGGUUUGAGAACUAUCGGAUAUACUACCGAGGCCGACCAUUCCUGCCGAGUGAACAAGAUAUAUGCAGAUCCUUAGAAGAUCUAUGUGUGCAUGAUGGCCUUAUACUGGUCAGACGUGAAGAGGGUGGCCCCGCCCUCUCCAAAAGGAUUUACUACUUUCUCAUCAAGCUGCCCACAGAUGGCCACUUCAUGAGGUUGAUCAGCAGUGGAACAACGUCAUCUAAAGAUAUCUUUCCCUCGGGGCAACCGUUCAAAUCUCUUUACGCUGUCCAUGCGUUGGUCGAAUAUGCUGAAACCCUCCUCCCUAGUAAACUGAUCAGUCAUCUCAAUGAUGUGACCACUGGCUCAGGGUCCGAUCCUGUGAUCCUUCCCGAGGCUCUCAAGACACCAAUAUCCUUCAUCGUACAGGCAAUCUCGGAUGAGGACAUUUUCAAUGGCGCUUCGGUACUCCUGCGGCUAAAGUUGGCGUCUACUUUGCUGCAUGCCCUUCGGCAGUUUCUUGACAGACUCGGCAACCUCAGAGGUUCAGUACCGCCACAGGGGCUCCCCCUUCCUGACCCGAACAGGUUGGUGAAAAUGUUGUCGUAUGCCAUAGACUGCCCGGGUGACGUCCCUUCUCCGGUCAUAGCAGGAGCGCUUGUGAUCUGUCUUCGACUGAGCAUGCUUGAUGACAAGUUUUGGGCUAAACUCAGCACAAACCCCGACUUUAACCAUGACCUGCAUCGCCUUCUACUGAUUGAUUCCCGCCAGAGUAUGAGAUCGCUUUCUGCAAAACUAAUUGAAGAACUUUUUGCUGUUAUGAGUACUGCCACUCUCAUUCGUGAGACUGACUGUGAAACUUCAGCUACAUCCCGUGAGUGCUCAAUGACGGAAUAUUUCUGGAAGGUCACCAGCGCCAUGGUCAGACAGACGACUAUAUUUCCCAACCAGUGCGAAGAACUCUUCAGGUUGGUUUAUUUUCUCGUUAUGAAGAUCAACGCGCGGUCGCCUGAGUUGCUGAACAUUGAGAAGUUUGCCUCUCAAAUUAGCCAGCUUCUUCUUGAGCAUACUACAACCGAGACCAUUGGGCCACCAAGUGUAGAUGAUUCGCUCGCAAGAGGUCUAUCGUUGCUGCUGCACAUUUGUCUCCAGCUAGAUAACUCAGUCGCACAGUCAAAGACACUUCCUAGUAACCUCGCAAUGUCACUUGUUUGGAAGCACUUAUACCCUCCUAAAGACCUGCGAAGUGGGCAGCCUGUACCCAAAGUGAUCCUUAACGAAGAUACUCGAGCGAAACUUUCAGAUGUGCUAUUUACUCUUGUGAAACAUGACCAGAAGAAGAUGGUGGCGGUUGUGGAAGCUCUCGACGAACAAGUCCCAUUCUUCGACGAUGAAGAGGACGACCACUACAUCUAUGAUCUCAAUUACCAUUUCGACCGACACAGAGCUCUUCGAGCCCCUUGUGGGUAUGCUGGUCUGCUGAAUUUGUCUAACACUUGUUAUCUCAACUCGUUGAUGACACAACUCUUCAUGAACACUACGUUUAGGCGUUUCAUCCUCGGCUGCCGUAUCAAUGAUCCUGCAAAUAGCCAGCAACUCCUGUCCUACACCCAGAAACUGUUCGGUCAUAUGCAGGAGAGCUACCGUCGCUUCGUCGAUCCGUCAAAUUUCGUCCAUUCCAUCAAAACAUACGACGACGCAUUGAUUGACAUUCACAAUCAGAUGGACGUCGACGAGUUUUACAAUCUACUACUUGAUCGCUGGGAGACUCAGCUCUCUGGCCACGAUGAAAAGCGGGUCAUAAAAUCGUUCUAUGGUGGUCAGCUUGUGCAACAAGUCAAGUCAAAAGAAUGCGAACAUAUUUCGGAGCGACUUGAGCCAUUUUCUGCAAUUCAGUGUGAUAUCAAAGGGAAAGGCACAUUAGCAGAAAGUCUCCAGGCAUAUGUGGAUGGCGAGGUCAUGGAAGGAGACAACAAGUACAAAUGCUCAACAUGCGAUCGCCACGUUGACGCAGUAAAAAGGGCCUGCCUCAAAGAUGUUCCCGACAAUGUCAUAUUCCAUUUGAAAAGGUUUGAUUUCAACCUGCGUACCUUACAGAGAAACAAGAUCAAUGAUUAUUUCUCCUUUCCGGAUCGAAUUGAUAUGCGACCAUAUACCAUUGAGCAUCUCAGUAACCCAAAGAGCGAUAUCGAGGAGGACAUCUUCGAACUGGUGGGUGUGCUUGUUCACGCAGGCACAGCUGAAUCCGGACACUACUACUCAUACAUUCGCGAGCGUCCCACCUCGAGCAAUCGGCCCUUGUGGGUAGAAUUCAACGAUGACUUAGUGACGCCAUGGGACCCUGCGCAAAUGGAAUACUCCACGUUUGGAGGUACGGAUCACCGUCCCAUAUACGAUAAUAACGGCAUUUUGUACGACAAGAACUUUAGCGCUUAUAUGCUGUUUUACCAGCGUUCUUCAUCCUUGCGCGCGGAACAGGAAAAGAUGUCCGCCCUUGCCAUUCCAGCACCCCUUCGUGUUGACGUGCCAGACCACCUUGCGGAUCAUCUCUCAGACGAGAAUACGAACAUCCUCCGCCGCCAUUGUAUUUACGACCCAAGCAAUGUCAAACUUGUUCAAGUUCUGUUUCGUCAGUCACAACAGUACUGCAAAUCCCUUGGCAGAAGCGAAAAGAGCUCGAGUAUCAACAGCUUUAUGGCCAUGCGUAGUCAAGAGCAUGGACUCCAGGAUCUUGCCAUGCGAACGCUCAUUGGUAACUUGGAUCAGGUUGUUGCAAGGACUAAGGACGCUCCGGAUUUCCUCGCGUACGAAGAGAUUAUCGAAGACGCAGUCACAUCAUGCGAGCGGUGUGCCUUUUCCUUCUAUGAGUACUUUAAUCAGCAUCCGAGCGCUCUUCGCAUGCUUCUGCAGCGUAAUCCAGAUCAAUUAGUGCGGAGCAAGAUCAAGAACCUUUUCAAGGUUGCAGUCACGAAAAUCUCGACGGCUUUGCCCAAUGUUUACGAUCCGGAGAUUCGAUACAAGUUGGUUCAUGAUGCUGACGGAGACGAGACACUCUCUGAACCUGAUGCUUCCCAUCGCUCCGUUAUUGACGGCGUAAUGAUGAUAUUCCAACACCUUUGGAAAUUCUUUCAUAUCCACAUUAGAGCCUGGGACGAAUACUUUGGAGCUAUUUUAGACUUUGCUGACAUGGGUCACCGGGAAACCGGAUAUGUCUUGGCCGCGAACUUCCUAGCGAGCGCUAUCAGAAUCAUUUCUGCUGACCCGCUCCAGGAACUCAGUGGGAACUGGGCCAGAAUGCUCCAAAGUGUCAUUAGGCGGAACAAUACUACAAAGCCUACCUCGUAUGUAUCGAUUAUCAGACUAGUCAGCCACUUGAUGAGUCAGAUGAGGCCGCAAAUAGGGACCGAAUAUAUCGAAGACCCGACAGAACGUGUAUCACAACUAGCUGAGGCCUUCAGCUGGACGCCCGAAGAGGUGGACCUUGUUUACAGCAGUCCAAACGGUUCCUAUACCAGCCUGUUUGUUGAAAAACUCCUUACCCUCGAUCAAGAACACGCCGGCUGCAACAAUAUCAUCAGAAUUUUGACAAAGCUGGACAGCAGUAUGGAUGAAAAAGUACUCGGGACCUUGAAGCUAUGUAUCCGUGGUGAGACUUCGACCCAGGCCAUGGAUCCGUUUCUGCGGGCUUCUAUCACGUAUAUCGAAAGCACAGAACAGCUCAGCAACGCCAAGGACAUGAUUGAACACGUAUCUAUGCAAGCGAGAAGUCUUCAAAACACUGAGGGCCUGUAUUUUGUUCAAUUUUUCAGAACGGCAUUGGAUCUCCGCCAACAAGACAGGGAAUUUUGUAAGGCGGUCUGCACAUUCAGCCGUGACCUCAUCCCAAAAUGGGUACCUUUUCUCCUCGCAAGCCCUGGAGAACAAGUGCGCCGGAGCACACAUGACUUUUUAGUUUGCGAGUUGGGUAAGAUUGAUGCUGGUGCUACCAGUGACCGCGAUGUCACUGCGGAUGAUCAAGUCUCAAUCAGACAGAUGACGAAGCAAAUCGGCCUUAUUUGUCUCCAGUAUCUCAGGGACCACCAUGUGCGCAGACGGGCUCAAAUGAGUCGGGAAAUUGCAGACAAGUUCUUGAAGGUAAUUGAGGGAUGUGCAGCUACGAUGGCAACAACAACGGAUACACAACCCGAUCUAGACGUGGAAUUCCUCACAUUGCAGGACGAUGUCUUGAAUCCCUUCCGUAGGCUAAUUGUUGACGAACUGGAGGAAGAUGGCUCCGACUGGGAAGGAUCCUGCGGGUCAUCUGAACAACUUGAUGACAUUGUUGAGAUGAACAUUUCAGGCAUGAACGAAAUAAACGAUCUGGAGCAGAUGUCAUGA